UUUGAAUUUGGCAUUGUGGUGUUGCUUUUGUCUCCUGUCAUAUGUUCAAUACUGGCGUUCCUUCGGUCUCUUCAACUGGAAGAGCUAGCCAUGACUUCGAAGCCACGCAACUAUGGAUUUAUAGCUUGGAUGCUAAGCAUUUGUGUUGGCUCGCUUCUUUUGUUCCUAAGGUAACACUGACAUGUCUUUUC